UGAUCUCAAUAUAAAUAUGAGAACACUGCCUGCCAUAAGUGAGCAGAAGAAACAGAAAUAGACUCUUAAAACGUCACUUUGAAGGGAGAAGUAUCUUUUCGGCAGAUAUUAUUUUAGUGCAUACUGACGCAUCUUCCACCAGACACAUACAGAGAAGAACCGAGCGGUAUUACUGAAGAGAAAAUGAAGUGCACAUACGUCACUCUUGCUGCUGCAGUCCUCAUUGCAUGUGUUUGCCUCCUCCAAACGGCUGCUGUUCCAGUCACACAGUUGCACGAUGAGCAUCAUUUGGAGACUGAAGCCAAACAAGAGAACCAGUUCAUGACAGAAACGUCACUGGAACAAACAAAUCCUCUGGCACUCUUCAGGACCAAACGCCAAAGUCAUCUUUCCUUGUGCAGAUAUUGCUGCAAUUGUUGUCACAAUAAAGGAUGUGGAUACUGCUGCAGAUUUUGAUGACAUAAAAGGGAUAAUAGCUGCCAUGGGACAUUGCCUUCAAAAACCCUACUGAAAUGAUUUCCCCUGUCUACGGACUGAAACGAGGAAAGCCAUGUUGUGUAAAUGCAUCAAAACGGGUAUAACUCUUUUGCGUACUACUUUGUAAAUGUAUGGCCACUGAAAUAUAUAACAAGAGGUCGCCAAGUCUUGUAGAUGAAGAAGUUUGCUUUCAUGAUUGAAUGUAUUUUCUACAUGUAUUUAUACCUGCUGUACAUAGACAUUCUGAAUCAUUGAUUGUUUA